AUGAACCAUCUUCAUUCCCUAGCUUACACUAAUACUACUAGCCUCUGUGGUUCUUCCCUAGGUUGGGACUAUCACAACCUUGGAGUUCUCAACGCGGACAAAUUGUCUUUAAUGCAAGCUAUGGAAGGAAGUACACCUUCACUCUCGCCUCAACAUUCUGAUUUCUCAACUGGGUAUCUCGAAGAUGCUUUGAUUGAAUCAUGUGAGCGUUCCAAACGUAGACGCUUGCUGCCAUGUACUACUGAUGAGCAUAACAAGAGUUUCAUUGAUGACCUAGAGCAGCAGAGUUUCUGGAAUUUCAACCCCUUAUGGCACCAACCGGUAGAGAACUUCAACUUCUAUUGCAUGAACCAGAUAGAAAGGUUUUGUGGAUUUUCAGAUGAGCUUAUAAGCACAUCAAGGAGCGAGGAAGCAAACAUUCUACUAGCAGAUUCUAAAACACCAGAAGAGACAGUAUCAACCUCUGAAUCUUUAAAUUCAUCCUCAUCUUCAUACAAGCAACCGGUCACAUGCAAAACCACAGACCUCACAGUAGACCCAACAGGCAGUGAUGAUUUGGGGAACAAAAAGGUGGUAACAAGAGUGGUGUAUCCAUUUGCAAUGGUGAAGCCAGGAGGUAGGGAAGGUGAUGUGACAUUGAAUGACAUAAAUGAGAGGAUCCUAAUGCCUCCCACAAGGCCAGUGAGGCAUCCAGUUGGGGACUUUGCAUGUCGGCCAUGCGUGUCCGCAGAGGGUCCAGGCCUUUCAGGGAAAGCAGUGGUGGCCCUUACUAGAAUUCACACACAGGGAAGAGGCACGAUCACUAUUAUCAGAACCAAAGGCUAA